UACUUUUUUUCUUCCUAGGAAACAACAGCAUAGAGCAUACACAUAACCUGUUUUUUUCCUCCAGAUUUUGCUUGAAGAGGUGAAAGUGACAGAGCAGAUAUUGGACUUGGUGUUUUAUAUGCUUGUUGUUCUUGCACGUUAUGGACAGGAUUAUCACCCAACAGAUUCAUUACUUCUUCUGCAUUCAGCGCUGGUGGCUUGCAGUCUUCAUGUAUUGACAGGAUGUGUUUCUUCUCAGUGGCAAGAUCUUGUUCAAGUUUUACUUGCACACCCCAAGGUGGAUGUAUUUAUGGAUGUAGCUUUCGAUGCUGUUCGUAUGGAUAUUAGGCUCCUUCAAAUCAAGCUCUCAGUACUGAAUCCUGAUUUUUCAUGCAAGAAAUCCAUUCCCUCAGAUGCUGAACAAACAUUGCACAGUAUCUGUCAUCAAUGCGAAGCUUCAUUACAGUUUCUUCAGUCCUUGUGCCAACAAAAAAUGUUCCGAGAGCGCCUACUCAGGAAUAAGGAAUUAUGUAAAAAUGGUGGCAUUCUGUUGCUGGCCCGAACAGUCUUGAAGUUAGACGUCCCGCAUUUGGAGUCAUCAACUGUUGUUGCUGCUAUAUCUAGGCUGAAGUCUAAAAUACUGUCAAUUCUGUUGCAGCUCUGCGAAACAGAAACCAUUUCCUACCUGGAUGAGGUUGCUAGUUCUCCAAGUAGCAUGCAAUUGGCAAAGACUGUUGCAUUAGAGAUUCUUGACUUAUUGAAGACUGCGUUUGAUGGAGUGCCCAAACAGCUUGAUAGCAUUUGUGGCAGAUUACCCAGGGGUGUUGUGCUUCUGAAUUCUAUGCGCCUGAUUGAUAUAUUUUCUGAUGAUUCAAAUUUUCGAUCUUUUAUCAUGCUUAAUAUUACUCAGGUGCUGGCUGAAAUCUUUUCACUGCCUCAAGAAGAGUUCUUAUCUAGUUGGUGCUCUGCUGAUCUGCUAGCAAAGGAAGAAGAUGCUACACUUGAGUACGAUCCAUCUGUGGCAGCUGGGCUUGUUUCAGUUUUCGUUUCCACUGGUUUUGGGACUUCUCUUCCUACAUCAGACCUAAUGAAUGAGACAAAGAAUGAUUCCCCUUUCAUUCUCAACAACACACCUCAGGCUUCUUACGCACAACAGAGAACAUCACUAUUAGUCAAAAUAAUUGCGAAUCUCCACUGUUUUGUUCCUAAUAUCUGUGAAGAGCAAGAGAGAAAUCUAUUUUUUAACAAAUUUCUCGAGAGCUUACAAAUUGAGCUCCCCAAAUCAUCACCUGGGUUUUCAUUCACCUGUGAUAAAAGAAAAGCUGCCAGAGUUUGCAAGAACCUGGGUUCGUUGGUAGAUCAUGCCGGGUCUUUAAUUCCUAAUUUCUUAAAUGAGGAAGAUGUGCAACUAUUAAGUGUUUUUGCUAAGCAGUUAGAGUCGCUGGUUACAUCUGCAAAACCUGAAGGGAAUCCAAUGCAGGAGCAAGUUCAGGAAAAUAAAUUUGAGGCUUCUUUGUGCUGGGAAAAGCUUUCUAACCAUGAACAUCAGCAGGAAGCUCAAAGUACAGGGGGAAGUGCAUCACCUUUAGCAACAAAAGGAGAUCCCAAGGCUCCGGAGGUAGCUUCAGACUUCAAUGACAAAAAUGGCAGCCUCAGAGAGGGAUUAUCUGGUAAUUUGACUCGCAAAGGGGUGGACCAGUUCAAUAUCGCAGAUAGGGGCUUGGAACUUCCUGAUGAUGUCAUGAACCUAGAAGGAAGUAGGAGGACUAAUAAAGAUGGAACUAGUGGGAGUGCAUUGGAACCUUUUAGGGAGAUUGACAAAGAUGUUCGGAAUGUUGAAACAGGUGGCUCAGAGUUGAGCUCUGCAAGAGGGAAGAACUCUGUUAGUAAUGGCGACUGUUCUAAAUCAGCUAGGCAUACUAGAGAAAGUAGUUUAGCAGGACUCCAAGAAAAUUAUACUGAAACCAUGCAGUGUGAAGACAGGCAACGGAGGAAACGAAAGCGAAACAUCAUGAAUGAGGGACAGAUCACCUUAAUAGAGCAUGCCCUCUUGGAUGAGCCUGAAAUGCAGCGAAAUGCGGCUUUGUUGCAGACAUGGGCUGAGAAAUUAAGUGUUCAUGGGUCGGAGCUCACAUCUUCACAACUGAAAAACUGGCUGAACAACCGAAAAGCCAAGCUGGCUCGUGCAGCUAGGGAAGCUCGCACACCAUCAGAAGGGGAAACUGCUUUCCCAGAAAAAUCAGGAGGAAUGGGAAUGGUUCACUUUUAUGAUUCAUCUGAGAGCCCUAGUGAAGACUUGUAUGCCCCAUCAACCGGCAGAGGGGGAAGUAGCACAAGCACACCCAAAUCUGGUGGCGGCAUGUUGAGAACAUGCGGCAGUGAGACAUCUGAGAUCGCCUCGACAGAUUUUGUGGAUUUUGCUUCCCAACAAAACAUGCUAAUGAAUUGCCAAUCCUUGAGAUACAUCAGACAUGAUCCAGGCCAGUAUGUUUCGCUGAUGGAUGAAGGGGAGGAAGUUGCUAGGGGGAAGGUAUAUCAGGUGGAAGGUAAGUGGCAUGGAAGGAGUUUGGAGGAAGCAGCAACUUGUGUUGUGGAUGUUCUUGACCUUAAGGUUGAGAGGUGGACCAGGCUCCAACACCCAUCAGAGGCCGCAGGUACGACAUUUGAUGAGGCUGAAGCCAAGAAUGGGGUGAUGAGAGUGGCAUGGGAUGUGAACAAGAUCCUCCUGUUGCCCCAGUAAGUGUUUUUUUUUUUUUGCAUCGGUAAUCCCCC